UACCCUAGUCGUAAGAUACCGCGAGUGAGAGUGUUGUGUCUGUGUUCAAAAAGUGUUGGAUAUGAGCAAUCUAUUAGGAUAAAAAACGCGUCGUCGUAGUCGAUUAAUUAUCAAUCCAUCAUUCUUGUGAGGCCCUAAAAGCGAACCAGCUCCAUAGGCCCUGCAAUAUUGCGACUAGUACUCGUAAAUUUGAAUGACAGGUUCUAGACAGCUUGUAACGCAUCGAUUGCGGAAGUUUCGAAAACAUUCUGAUGGGAAAUUUAAAACAAGUGAUAACAAACAAAGAAAAGUUUAGUGUCUAGAAGCAGUUUAAGAUAUAACAUUCUUGAAGCGGCAGACAGUUGUGAUUGGAGGGAGCAGUGUGAAUUCCUCCAGACAAGGAAAUGGUGCUCAGCGAAAGUCAACUAGCGUUAUGUACAGUUUUCACUUUGUAUCUUGGUGGCUUACCUUUGAUGUACAGUCCGGCACCGAGAGGAGACUGCGAAAACUGUUGCCCCAUACGUGAACCAAAGGACAUCCAGUUUUUCCUCUUCACAAGAGAGAACCGCGACAAAGGGGACGUGCUCUACGUUUCCGACAAGAAACAUCUAAGGAAAUCCCACCUGAAUAGGACCAAUCCUUUGGUAAUCUAUAUGCACGGUUUCUCGGAACGGGCACCGGGUGGCGAGGGCGAAAGUAGCAAACAGAUGCGGGAUGCAAUCCUCGACUCAUACGACUACAACGUGAUUCUGGUAGAUUGGAGCCCGCUGACGGCGCUGCCCUGGUACGUUAAUUCCGUCCAGAACGGACCACGUGUUGGCCGUUAUAUUGCCCGGUUCAUCCGAUUUCUGGUGUUAUCCAACUUCCCACUUAAGCAGAUCCAUGUCAUUGGAUUCAGCCUCGGAGCGGAAGUAGCUGGGUUUGCUGGAAAAACUCUUAACGAGUGGGGUAUGAAACUACCGAGAAUAACGGGACUUGAUCCCGCCUUCCCGCUAUACGUGUUUGAACGUGCCUCACAGCGGCUCAGCCCCAAGGAUGCCGAGUUCGUGGACGUCAUUCAUACGGAUGGGGGACUGCUAGGCUAUCCAUGGCCGCUGGGUCAUGUUGACUUUUACCCCAACGGAGGGGUCCCUCUGCAACCGGGAUGCGCUCAGCAAGAGCUUUCGAAGAACCGCUGGCUGGGAGUAAUUAUCGGCUGUAGUCACGCUCGUGCCUGGCAAUAUUUUGCCGAAUCCUUGUCAAGGCCUAAGAGCUUCCUAUGCGAUCGCUGCGAAAACAGUGAUGACACCCCCGGCGAGGAAGUUAGCAAUUGCACUAUGACCAAAGAGGUGUUCAUGGGAAUGGACAUCGACAAGAGUUUACGAGGGAAGUUCUACCUGAGCACGAAUCCGGAACCGCCCUUCGGAAAGAAUCUGCCUGUGGAUUGAGCCGAUUGUGAUGUGAUCGAUAAGUGUAAAUAGUUUCCCUUGUGGUAGUCUAACUAGCUAUAGGUUUAAGUAGGAUCUUACAAUUUAUUGGUACAAAUAUUGGAAGAGAACGAGUUUUGUUUUAAUUGUAAUAAAUGAAACUAAAAGAACAUCCCAUAGAACAUGAAUAGUUUCGCCAAAAGAGCAUACAGUGAAUCCCAAAAUUGAGCGUACACUUGUGAUGAAAAUUUUUUGUCAACUGUUUUGAGUGACCAUAGUUUACAUAAGCUAAAAUUGUUGAUGCCAUGUUAUAAUUUAUUUAUUCGACUAGCUAUUAGCAUGGAUGAAGUUUGUAAAUAUCCUACGAGAGAUUUUCUUAUUUCAAAUAAUUUCAAAAAAUUCCA